GAUAGGCAGUCAGUUAGCAGACACAUUCUCUUAUCUAAAGAGGAUGCAACACUAUGGCUGUCAAGUCAGAUAACAGACUGGUUUUAUAGCUUAGUUAUUUUAAAUACUUUUUUUAAAAGUUUGCAUUGGUUGUAUUUGAAGAUGCAUGUUUUGGGGAUUUACACCCUUUGGAUUUUAUUCCAUGCAGCACUAAGCAACUAUUCUGAAGAUCAAUGCAGCUGGAGAGGGAGUGGUUUAUCCCAGCAGCAAGGCAGCGUGGAGCAGAUCUCCCUCCACUGCUCCGAGGGUACCUUGGACUGGCUGUACCCCAAAGGAGCCCUGCGUCUCACCCUCUCCCCUCGAUUGCCCUCCUUGGCGGUGGGCCCGGGGGGCGGCGGCAGCUCGGGCCUCAUCACGGCCUGCGUCAAGCCCUCUGAGCACUUCCGAGGGGCCCAGCUCUACCUGGAGAGGGAUGGCGUCUUGGAGCUCCUAGUAGGGGACCGACCAGAAUCGUCCCCUCCGCCUAGGGUGCGCUGCUUCAGCCGCCUGCCGGGGGAGAAAGUGGCUCUCUUCAUGCAAGCGACGCCGCAUCAAGACAUUAGCCGGCGCAUUGCAUCCUUCCGAUAUGAGCUGAGGGGUGACUGGACGGCACACUUGUCACUUGACUCGAACCACAUCAGUACUGUUGAAGCGUGCAGACCCUGCAACGACACAGAGAUCCUCAUGGCAGUGUGUACCAGUGACUUUGUGGUGCGAGGCAACAUCAGGUCCGUGGAGGAGGACGAAAACCUCCGAGCGGCAGUCAUCAAGGUCAGCGCCACGCGGGUCUUUCGCCAAAAGUACGCACUCUUCACCACCAACAGCCGUGUGGCCGCCCGGGGAGACAUUCGCACCCUGCUGCAGUGCGGUGUCAAACCAGGGCCCGGCAGCUUCCUUUUCACCGGUCGGGUUCACUUCGGCGAGGCCUGGUUGGGCUGCGCCCCUCGCUACAAGGACUUCCUGCAGGCUUACACCGCGGCAAAAGCAACCCAGCAGAUUCCAUGCGAACUUCCUGUAGACUGAGCUUCCAAAGGUUGUCGCUAUUUGUCUACUACGUAAAUCCGAGGCGGAACAGACCGAUGAGCCGAUCUGCUUCGAGUUGAGGGAGAAGCCAUAUUGAGCCACUCAAGGAGAGAAAUGGACUUUUCCCCAAAACCCAUUUCAGUGCAAUAUCAGCUCCAAUAAGAGGUUAUGGUGCUGUGACAUCAGCGUCCUGGUUGGCGCGGAGGAUAGAAGCUUUUUGAAAAAGUUUAACCAGUGGCAAGCUGUACAUUUGGUACCUGGGCCUUCAGUGGGACCAUCAGUAAUGCUGUACUACAUCCUCAUCACAUUUGAUCUAAAAACAUGGCAAAGACACAAAGCCGAACAUACCCACCAUAGAUGCUGAUGAUGGACUGAAUGAAUGUGAGCAGAUGACUUUCACGUCAGAGAAAACUGCUGACAUUAUCGUAUGGCAGCUACAGUACGAGCUUGAACCAUGAGGCAAAUUUAAACUCUGAUUGGGUAAAAAAAAAAAAAAUUAUUGCCAGAAAAACAACCUAAUUGAACGAUCUACCGUAAUUUUCGGACUAAAAGGCGCACCUGACUAUAACUAGCCAACCACCACAUUUGACAGGAAAAUGGCGUUUGUUCAUAGAUAAGCCGUGCUGGACUAUAAGCCACAGCUAUCCAUGCUGUAUUAUGGGAUAUUGACACCAAAAAACUUAAUUUGACAGCGUCAUCAUAAGAUUCUCUAAGACCAAAUGAACAAUCAUGUAGCUUUCAAUCAACUGGGUGUAAAGCUUCAUUGCUUCAAGAAGCUUCAUUUGGCCAUCACUGCUCCCUUGGGGGAGACAGUCAACCUCUGCUGCCACCUGCUGUCAACACUGUUGUCAUCCAACAUUCCUCCUAGCAUGCAUUGCAGCACUACAGAUGUAAAUAACAAUCAAAAUUCAUAUUCUGUUCAUGUUCUGUUAUUUCUUCAGUUACUGUUCCAAUUGUUUCAUUAAUUGCUAGCUAUGAUAUUUGGUAACACUUUAUUUGACAGUGGUGCCAUAAAACUGUCAUAAUACCAUCAUAAUUAUGACCUUGAAACUGCAACGAGCAUUAAUGAAUGCUUAUGACCCGAGGUGGACAUAAAUGGAGUUAGUGACAUAAUAUGCCGGAUGAUACUUAAUGACAUCUGUCAUAAGCAUUCAUUCAUGCCCAUGAUAGUGUCAUGUUAUAAUUAUGAUAGAGAAAAGUAGCGGCUUAUAGUCCGAAAAUUACGGUACAUACAAAUAUUAGAAUUUAGCCUUCUACAUAGGAGUCAUGAAAACUCAGGAAAUUGAUGGAAAUUAACCCCAAGGGAAGACAAAAUGCUUCCUAGCUGUCAAACGAGAGGUGGUCGGCUAUGUGAGUGGACGACUGCUGUUAGUAGGAGAUUCAAAAUCAAAGCAAAUUGCACUGAGUGAAAGAAAGGGAAUGAAUCGUGAUGCUGCAAACACUAAAAACCAAAUAAAUACAAAGCAAGUAUAUGUAGCACUAAGGUGCAGCUAAGAAUUUAAUAUAUGUGCAUACAGAUUUUGUAAGUAUGUACAGUCGAUGAGUUGCCCUAUUCUGGAAAAAUAAUAAUCGACAAAGUGUUUUCUAAUUGAGAAGGCAAGCUAGAAUGAAGAAAGUUUUUUUGUAAAUAUAUAUACAAAACGCUGUUUUCUUAUGUGCACUAUUUCAGGAGAUUGUACCAAACGACUUUUAAGUGCCGAAGUCUUAAGAACACUGCUAUGUGUAAAAUAUAUGUGAAUACAACAAACAUGUAAAUAUGUGUAUAAGAAAUUCUAAAAAUGUAAAUGUGUCAGUAUUGUUUUUUUAAUGUUUUGACAUUUUGUGUCACUUAAAUAUACUUAAAGAAAACAACUAUU